AUGGCCCAUCACGGCCCCUCUGCCCUACCGCCAACAACGGUGCUCAGCACUCAGACGAUCAGCCAAUCGGCCGCCCAUGAAUUCCUUGCCGCAUACCUCGACCGUGCCACAAAUGAUCCCAGUCUCCAGCCCAAUGCCACUAUCAGCGAGACAGGUCCCGUAUCUCGGACAACGGCCGCCGCACCCAACCUGACCCUCCACAACCUGAAGCGUGUGCAAGCUGGUCUCGCAGGCGAGUUUCUCGGUCGCGACUUGACCGUUGCAAAGCAGAAUCCCGGUGAAGACUACCUGGAUAUUGCAGCCGGUGUCGUGCCCGGAAGCAACCAAGAGAACGAGGGUGACGAGAACGAUGUGCAGAUGAAGGAAUCCGGCUUCGAGGGCGAGGCGGAGGCCUUCGAGGACCAAGAGGCUCAGCAAGCUUCUCUCGACAAGGAAGAGCGAAAGAGAAAGAAGAAGGAGCGGCGUGCAGCGGAGAAGAAGGCCAAGGCCAAGAAGGCGAAUGAUUCGGAGUGA